UAGAAAAAAUAUUCUAAGAAUUAGGGGAUAAUUGUUACAUCCUCUCCGCGCCGUUCAUUCAUUUGGGAUUUGCGAAGAAGAACAGCGCAGCAUAUGGUUCCGUUCGAUGGCUAUUUCUUUCCCCAGCUUCAAUCCAAUCCUGCAGGGAAAGGGAAUGAGUGUCCACAAGUUUCUUCGUUUCACUUAUCCCUCGCAUAAGGCGUUGUUUGGCAGGGAUCUGAAGGAGAACAAGAGGAAUUCAAAUUCAAGAGUCGCAAAUAACGACCCUUCGUCCGGAGAGAACAAACCGACAACCGACUCGUCACCUUCUUCCCCUGCAAAACCAUCCUUUAAAAAGUCUUCUCCUCUAACAGUUAGAGACAAACUCAGGGCUGCUCGUGUUCUCAACCGUUACAAUGAGCCAAACACGGCCUUAGAUAAACCGGUGAUGGGAAACAAACUGUUUGAUGUUUUGCGCGAGGCUGAAAAGGGGAAGAAGAGAGGCCUCCCGGAGGCGCCAAAUAAUCUAUUCGACGAUGAAAACCGUGGGCUUCCGAAGCCAGGGUUGACUUUCGACUUCCCGGGAGGGUUUGACCUUUUCCUUAUUGCGUUUUCGUUUGUUUUCAUCAGCACGGUCAUGUUUGGCACGACGUACAUUGUGUGGAAAAUUGGUGCCAUUCAUUUCAAUGAGUACUAGUUGAGGUGUGUUUGUGAUACAUAUCUUAUAUAAUAUGGAUUAAUUAACAACUUUUAGCUAUCAUGUAGCAUUUCAAUUGAAUUUAGUUUAGAUUAGUUCAGUAAAUUUCAAACGAAAAAGAGCUCUCUUUUGUUGUCUGGGGUUUCUCUCAUGGCUGCCCCCGCCGCCGCCGCCGCCGUUCGAAGAAGUUGAAGACGAAGAGAUGAUGAUGAGAUCAUGUGGUGGCGGAGGAGGUUCAAAAACCGCCUCGAAAAGCCACAGCCAGGCGGAGAAACGCCGCAGAGACAGAAUCAACGCUCAGCUCGCCACUCUCAGAAAACUCAUCCCCAUGUCUCAUAAGGCAACUGGUAAAAAUUACACAAGGUACGUUUCAUUUGGGGAGGAAAUUAUAGAAAAAAUUAGUACCAAAAAAUUGGUUACUCCGUCUUAGAAAUCAUGAUAUAUUCCUUUUAACGCUCCGGGGCUAAUAAGAUUAUUCAAAUAACCCUUUUAUUUGUGGUUUAAAAAAAAAACCCUUUUAUUUGUAGUUUUGUGCACAUAUAAACGUCAUUUUAUCUGCCAAAAGAAGGCUAGAUUUGAACUUUGAUACCCAAAGAUUCAAUGGGGGCAACCCUAGCACUUUCACAAAAGGAAAUAGAUACCCAAACAAUGCAUAUACUCCACCAAUUAAGAGUGAAGAAAUGGUUGUCACAAACACAAUAGUAAAGACGUAGUAUACUUUGUUUCAAUUUAAGUUGUGUAUUUUUUUGUGUAGAAAUAUUAUUAUAAUUGAACUUGAUUUUUGUUAAAAAUAUAGAGUCUACUAGUCUAACCUAAUAGUGAGUCUAUUUAAAACGAGCCCAUUAACUUAAAACCUAAAACAUAUCCUAAUACUUCCCUCAAGUUGAGAAUAAGGAUCAUGAAUAAAGACAUAGGACAAUAAUAAAGCUAAAACUUGAAAUUAAAAUACCUCGAUAAAUAACUUUGAUAAAACUUUGAUUUGUCAUGCUAACAACGAUUUUAAUGACGAAUGACUCUUAUGUGAGACGACUAACAAACGGACAGAAUGUUGUUGGACUGAGGUUCGCCUACCGAUCCUAAAACUGACAUGCCGUACACACGGUUGGUUGGACCACAUACCAAAAAGCAACCAAAAAACGAUGUCAUAAAGACGUCAUAGAAAAGGUUCGGUUUGAUAAUGAAAACCUUCUUCCAUGGACUAUAGCCAAAAGCAAAGUCAAUUCAAAUCAAAACUAGACUUCUUGUUUUCAAUCGGCACAAAUUAAACUCCAAAUCUUCACAAAGGGUAGUGGAUUAGCUAUAGCGGUUGUUGAUUUUGUGAAAGAACAUAUUGGCGAUAUUACAUCCAAGAUUCUUCAAAAUAUAUUAUAUUGUUUUUU